AUGCGUUAUAACUCGUACUACAACCAGGCAAACAUGGGCAGGCGUUAUAACUCGUACAACAUCCAGGCAAACAUGGGCAGGCGUUAUAACUCGUACUACAACCAGGCAAACAUGGGCAGGCGUUAUAACUCGUACUACAACCAGGCAAACAUGGGCAGGCGUUAUAACUCGUACUACAACCAGGCAGGAACAGGCAGGCGUUAUAACUCGUACUACAUCCAGGCAAGCACGAGCAGGCGUUAUAACUCGUACUACAUCCAGGCAAACACGGGCAGGCGUUAUAACUCGUACUACAACCAGGCAAACACGGGCAGGCGUUAUAACUUGUACAACAUCCAGGCAAACACGGGCAGGCGUUAUUACUCGUACUACAACCAGGCACACAUGGGCAGCCGUUAUAACUCGUACAAUAUCCAGACAAACACGGGCAGGCGUUAUAACUCGUACUACAACCAGGCAAACAUGGGCAGGCGUUAUAACCCGUACAAAAACCAGGCAAACAUGGGCAGGCGUUAUAACUCGUACAACAACCAGGCAAGCACGGGCAUGCCUAAUAACUCGUACAACAUCCAGGCAAACAUGGGCAGGCGUUAUAACUCGUACAAUAUCCAGGCAAACAUGGGCAGGCGUUAUAACUCGUACAAUAUCCAGACAAACAAAGGCAGGCGCUAUAACUCGUACUACAACCAGGCAAGCACGGGCAUGCGUUAUAACUCGUACAACAUCCAGGCAAACACGGGCAGGCGUUAUAACUCGUACUACAACCAGGCAAGCUCAGACAGACCUUAUAACUCGUACUACAACCAGGCAAGCACGGGCAUGCCUAAUAACUCGUACAAUAUCCAGGCAAACAUGGGCAGGCGUUAUAACUCGUACAAUAUCCAGGCAAACAUGGGCAGGCGUUAUAACUCGUACAACAUCCAGGCAAACACGGGCAUGCGUUAUUACUCGUACUACAACCAGGCAAACAUGGGCACGCAUUAUAACUCGUACAACAUCCAGGCAAACAUGGGCAGGCGUUAUAACUCGUACAACAUCCAGGCAAACAUGGGCAGGCGUUAUAACUCGUACAACAUCCAGGCAAACAUGGGCAGGCGUUAUAACUCGUACAACAUCCAGGCAAACAUGGGCAGGCGUUAUAACUCGUACUACAACCAGGCAAACACGGGCAGGCGUUAUAACUCGUACUACAACCAGGCAAACAUGGACAGGCGUUAUAACUCGUACUACAACCAGGCAGGCACAGGCAGGCGUUAUAACUCGUACUACAUCCAGGCAAGCACGGGCAGGCGUUAUAACUCGUACUACAUCCAGGCAAACACGGGCAGGCGUUAUAACUCGUACUACAACCAGGUAAACACGGGCAGGCGUUAUAACCCUUACAACAUCCAGGCAAACACGGGCAGGCGUUAUAACUCGUACUACAACCAGGCAAGCACGGGCAGGCGUUAUAACUCGUAUAAUAUCCAGACAAACACGGGCAUGCGUUAUAACUCGUACUACAACCAGGCAAACAUGGGCAGGUGUUAUAACUGGUACAACAACCAGGCAAACAUGGGCAGGCGUUAUAACUCGUACUUCAACCAGGCAAACAUGGGCAGGCGUUAUAACUCGUACUACAACCAGGCAAACAUGGGCAGGCGUUAUAACUCGUACUACAACCAGGCAGGCACAGGCCGGCGUUAUAACUCGUACUACAUCCAGGCAAGCACGGGCAGGCGUUAUAACUCGUACUACAUCCAGGCAAACACUGGCAGGCGUUAUAACUCGUACUACAACCAGGUAAACACGGGCAGGCGUUAUAACCCUUACAACAUCCAGGCAAACACGGGCAGGCGUUAUAACUCGUACUACAACCAGGCAAGCACGGGCAGGCGUUAUAACUCCUACAAUAUCCAGGCAAAUACGGGCAUGCGUUAUAACUCGUACUACAACCAGGCAAACAUGGGCAGGUGUUAUAACUGGUACAACAACCAGGCAAACAUGGGCAGGCGUUAUAACUCGUACUACAACCAGGCAAGCACGGGCAUGCCUAAUAACUCGUACAACAUCCAGGCAAACAUGGCCAGGCGUUAUUACUCGUACAAUAUCCAGGCAAACAUGGGCUUCUAA